AUGUCAUCGGCGGCAGCUUCCAGAGGUAACAACACCGGCGAAGAGCUGGAAAAUUCCGAUGUUCCUUCCCCUCCUCAAUCCCAAACCGGGAGUAGCAGCAAAAGCAGCCGGGACGGGGAUCGGGAGCACCGCAGUCACCGGCACCGAGACGACGGCGAUUACCAUCGGAACAAGAAUCAAGACCGGCGGAGAGAUUACUGUGAUAGGCCGAGUAGUUGGCGCCGCCACAGAACCAGAUCUAGAGACCGGAGUUCAAAGAGGAGACCAAUCACACCUUCUCCUCCUUCUCGUUCAUCACGCUCGAAAUCUGCCCGAAAAACCCUUUUCGAUAUGGCGUCGCCUGAGUUAACUCAGCCUCCACAGGCGAUACAAUUCCCCUUCCAGCUUCCAGUUCAGGUCUCAAAUCACAAUAUCCUGCCCCUCCAGGCAACCCGCCACCCGCGGCGAGUAUACUUAGGCGGGCUCCUGGCGUCGGCGACCGAGGCUUCCGUGGCGGCGUUCUUCAGCCACGUGAUAAGUGCCAUGGGCGGUAACAGUGCCUGGCCCGGAGAGGCGGUGAUGAGUUCUGUGGAAGAAGCCAGCAAUGCUAUGGCUUUAGAUGGGAUUAUCUUUGAAGGUGGACCCGUUAAGGUUAAAAGACCCACGGAUUACGACCCGAUUGAAGCUGCCUCUAUUGCUCCUACCCAGCCUAAUCCCAACUUGAACCUUGCUGCUGUUGGUCUGAAUCCUGGUUCCUCCACCGGGCUUGAUGGCCCGGACCGCCUGUUUGUGGGCGGGCUUCCGUAUAACCUCUCGGAAGCCGAAAUCAAAGAGCUGCUGGAGUCGUUGGGCACCCUUAGGGGUUUUGACUUGGUCAGAGAUAGAGAAACUGGGAACUCAAAAGGGUAUGCCUUUUGUGUCUACCACAAUUCAUCGGAUGCUGAUAUAGCCUGUGCCUAUCUUAACGGAACUCCGAUGGGCGGCCGGAAGAUUCUUACCGUCCGGCGCGCAAAUCAGGGUUGUAAUCAGCAACUCAAGCCGGGGCAAGAACAGGCUUUCCAGCAAGCCCAACAACAGAUUGCUAUCAAAAUGUCCAUGUUUCAAGCUCUUGCCACUCCAACUAAGGUUGUUUGUCUUAAAGAUGUUGUUAAUGUUGAGGAACUUCGGAAUGAUGAUGAUUAUGAGGAGAUAGUUGAUGAUAUGAGGGCAGAAUGCGGGAAAUUCGGGACUCUGGCGAACCUGCUGAUUUCCCGGCCUGGUCCGAACGGGGAACUAUUACCAGGGGUUGGUAGAGUUUUCUUGGAGUUUGCCGACGUGGAGAGCGCUGUGAAAGCGCGGGACGGACUGAAUGGCCGGAAAUUCGGAGGGAAUCCGGUGGUUGCGGUGUUUUAUCCCGAGAACAAGUUUUCAGGCGGGGAUUACAGUGGCUAA